AUGGAAGGCCCGAUCGUUUUGGUGUUCAUUUGCUGUGUAUUUUUCUUGAAGUUCUUGAAUGGAAGUAUUAUUCCACGCAUCAUAAAUGGCAGCAAUGCCACCGCUAUGCAGUUGCCCCAUCAAGUGUUUUAUGAUACUUUUUACCUAGGAGACUAUAGUUGGACCAGUUUCUGGAGACCCCAGUGUGGAGGCACCAUAAUAUCCAGUAAAAUUAUACUCACAGCAGCUCACUGUUUCGAGGAUGAUCCCUACAUAAUUGCCUUGAGAAUUUACUUUGGAGCUGUGAACAAAUCAAAUGCCACCGAAGAGGGUCAACAGCGUUUAAUUGUGGAUCGAAAGAGUGUGGUGAUCCAUCAGCAAUUCAAUUAUCAAAAACCUUUUUACAAUGAUAUUGCAAUCAUUAAACUACCCAUUAAUGUGCCUUUUAAUGAAUAUAUUCGACCCGCAAAGCUGCCACAACCCACCAAUAAUUAUGUGCAUGCAAAAGCCAUUGUUUCGGGAUGGGGUGCAUCUAAAGUUUAAGAAACAAAAAC